AUUGAAAACCCAACACGUGUGUGCGGCAAAUUUACAUUCCUAACCUUAAAAUUUGAAAUGAGUACAUGUUUCAACUUAAUAAAAAUUGUGAAAACAAGACUCAUUCCCAAGUGUAACAGCUUUAUUAGUACGAGUUUUAGCGACAAAUACCUGCUAUACACAAAUGUUGCUCUGUCGGGAACAUUAUCUGGCUUGGGAGACAUUCUUGAACAGAAUUACGAAAUGCUAACAGACGAUUUGGAAAAUUGGAAUAAAACAAGAACUCGGAACAUGUCAGUAUGUGGAAUUUCAAUUGGAGUUAUUUGUCAUUACUGGUACAAUUACCUAGAUCGUAAAUUACCAGGUUAUACUAUAGGAACUGUGUGUAAGAAGAUCAUUAUUGAUCAAAUCGUCUGCUCUCCUGUGUGCAUUACAACACUAUUUGUAACUUGUGCAAUUUUGGAACGCAAGUCGACAAAAGAAUUGGUCAAAGAAAUCAAGGAAAAAGCGUGGAUUUUAUAUGCGGCAGAAUGGGCAGUCUGGCCCGCUGCUCAGUUUAUAAACUUUUAUUUCUUACCAACUAGGUUUAGAGUGUUGUAUGACAAUACCAUUUCAGUAGGAUAUGAUGUGUAUACUUCUUAUGUAAAACAUAAAAAAUCAGACAACGAAAACAGUUGACCUGUGUAAAAUUAGGCAAUAAAAUUUUAGAAUAAAUAGGUUUACCUCGGUGCA